AUUUUUAACAAAGCUACUGAACAUAUGUUAAAAUCACAAUAUAUUACACUUUCCUCUUCUAUUCCUAUUUAUAAUGUAUUACUUAACCAUCUAGAAAAAAUUUUAGAUACUAAAAGUAAUUAUUGCUUGAAAAUAUGUACUGCUCAACAAGAGCAAGAAUAUAUAGAUGUAGCAUUAGAAGCUGUUACAAAUAUUUAUAAUAAAAAUUAUAAAUAUAAUUUACCAAUUAUUAUUGAUAAUGAAGUUGAUAAUACAAAUGAUUUUCUUGUUAAUGUUUUUGGAAAAAAUAAUGAAAUUAAUAAAGAUGAAUUAGAAGAUUAUCUUCAAAAACCUGUAAUUCCAUUUAAGACAGAUCCAUUACAAUAG